AUUGCAGCCUGAUUUAUGAGUGGAGGAGGGGAUUGAGGGGCCUCUUCAACCAACCAAUCACGAGUCUCCCUCUCGACCAAUCAGAUGAGAGUUAGACUUCUCUUCCUGUUUGGCCGAAGGAUUCAUUAUCGUACUUCAUCCCACGGAAGAAGUCUAACGGAUUAAGAUUCAUUUUCACACUUCAGCGAUCAUGGGAGGCAUCAAACAAGAGCAGAGUGAUGCAUCCCAGCAGCCCAAAGCUUCACACGCAGCGGAUCCCCCACAAGAUGAGCCUAAGAAGAGAGGCUGGCCGAAGGGAAAGAAAAGAAAGAAGGUGCUGCCAAACGGUCCCAAGGCGCCUGUAACAGGAUAUGUCCGCUUCCUGAAUGAACGAAGAGAACAUAUGCGGGCACGAUACCCCGACUUACCUUUCCCAGAAAUCACCAAGAGACUCGGAGCAGAGUGGACACGAUUAGCCCCGAAUGACAAACAGCGCUACCUGGACGAAGCGGAACGAGAGAAGAUGCAGUACGCCCAGGAACUGAAGGAAUAUCAGCAGACUGAGGCCUAUCAGAUCACCAGUGCUAAGAUACAAGACAAGAGAAUCAAAAAAGAAGACACUCCAUCCGUCAUCUUCAGUACUAGCUCGGGGUCAUCUUUAUCAAAGGCCUCUGACCUCUCCAGCAGGUUUGACAUUCCCAUUUUCACAGAGGAGUUCCUCGAUCAGAACAAAGCUCGAGAGGCUGAGUUGCGGCGGCUUCGUAAGGCCAACAUCGAGUUUGAGGAGCAGAAUGCAGUGCUACAGCGGCACAUUAAGGACAUGUACAAUGCUAAAGAGCGCCUGGAGGCUGAACUGGGCCAGGACGAGAAGCGAACCCAAGCUCUUCACCAACACUUGCUGGCUAUUAAACACACAUUGGUCAAUAGUCUCUCAUCAGUCCCCCUGCCAGGUACAGGUGAGACAGCAUCUCUUGGAAACCUGGACUCGUACUUGAGUCGUCUCAGUGGAGUGCUCGAGGGAAACCCCCACAAACACCGUGCUCUGCUCAACCAACUUUGUGAGGUCCUCUCUCACCUGGACAGGAAGCAACAAUAACAACCCGGGGCUAGGAACCCGCCACACUGAAAAUUUGAAGUUGAAUUGUGCAGUCAGCCAGUCCUGCUACUUUUUUCUGGUGGACUACGCAUUUUUCACAUGCAAGUGUUUCACCCAAACAAAUCCAGCUGCCACUAUUUUGGAGAAAUAUGGAAGCCUCAUCUUUUCCAUAGCCCCCCCUUACAGUGACUGUGUUUGAUUUAAAGAAAUGUGGACAAGUCAGAGCAUUUUUCCCCCUGUAGUAAGAUGCGUGAUGCAGCCGGACCAUUAAGUUCUACAGAAUGGCCCUGCAGAGCGAAACUACUCAACCACAACCUGCAGCACAUAGCAAACUUAUUCAUGUGCUGCUACACUCACCGAGACUCGGAGCAAAUCGAGGACACUGUAAAAUUUCCUUGUGAUGAAGUAUCCAAAUACCUUUGCCAAUGCAGUCCAAGGUGGUGGAGUUGGAGUCUAUCCACCAAUGGCAUCAAGGACCACCGCAGGGAAACCUCAUAUGAGGCAGGUCAGGGUUAGCUGGUUAGCAGUAGCUUAACUUAAAAAUAGAAUACUUACAGCGCCUUUAAAAGACUUCAAGCAUUGCUGAGUUGACUGACUGCUGGCUUCGGUUACACAUCUCCCACACAAACAUGAGAGUUGUGUCAAUCUGCUCGUUCAGAAAGCAAAUCAGCAUAUUUUCCAAAAUGUUUAAGCAUUCCUUUAACCCUUUAAGCUUCAGUGUACUGCCGGCGGUACACCUACUAAUUUGCAUAGGAAUUUCAAGAAUGUCCGACGGGUGCAAACGCGAUUAUACAAACACUAUACACCGAUGGAAAGCUUAGAUUCUCAUGAAUCCGCCGGUAUAAACCACUUUCAGAUGCGAUUACCACAGCGGGUGAGAAAAACACAUUUGUCCAACAAAAACAAAUAUUCAUCCAUCCGUUCUCUAUACACGGCUUCAAAGCACACAGCGCGACUCACAUUUCCGGGUUUAUUAUUACACACAAAAAAAAACAUUCCACAAAAAACGGCCAUAAUCCAACCUUUUACAUCAGAUGACACAAGCCAGUAAACUAUUUUGUCCAAAACAUGUCCUGAAGUCGGUAUAAAAUCCCCGAAUCGGUCGUUUUCAAGGAAAUGCACCUCCCGAUGCGCGCCCAAUAUUCCCCGUAUUUUUCGUAAUUUUUUUUAUUUAAAAAUAGAAUAUUAGCGAUUUUUUUGUACUGAAAACGGCUGGAAUUGACUGAAGCUUAAAGGGUUAAAAUGAGCACAUUGUUUUACUUAAUCAGCCAUAUUACUUAUGUAUAUUUCUCAAUUCAGGCACCCCAAGACUAUGGCUGAAAGCAAUCCUUAACUACCAUGUAAUGCUCUACAUUUACCGCUUGCUAUUUUAUUUGAGUGCAUGAACUCUGAGUGUGUAAAUACAGCCGCCUUGUAGUGCCUUUAGACAUUAUACAGUGGAAUAAAAAAAGUAGCAUUCAUGGCAUAGGCAUGGCUUUCUGCUAACACGUCAAACACAGUGAAGUGUGGCACAUUAUGUAGAUGAAAACAUUAGAGCAGGGGUGUAAAGCUCAUUUUAGUUCAGGGGCCACUUUCAGCCCAAUUUGAUCUCAUCUCUCAGACCAGUAAAAUCACAACAUAAUAACCUAUAAGUAACCACAACUCCAAGUUUUUCCUUUGUUUUAGUGCAAAAAAGUAUAUUCUGAAAUGUUCACACUCAGGAACCAUCUUUUUACAGAACAUUAUUAGCAAACUGAAAUUUGUUAAGAAAAACAAAUUCAAUUUCAAAAACAGUCAGCCGUCCAAAUCACAGUGUGUCUACAAAGGAACAAAACAUUUAGUCACAGGUAUCUGAAACUGAACAAUGCAGUAUUUAAAAAAAGACAACAAAAAUGAGACAUGUAAUGACAAAAGCAAGAAAGAAAACGACAAAUAAUGAGACAUGAAACAAUGGGGGGAAAAAAGAGACAAAAACGUUACAAAGUGCCAAAAAAAUGUGCACAAACAAGACAAAAAAUAACAAAAGCAGGAAACAAAAAGACAAAAAACGAUGUCCAAAACAAUGAGUAAAGCAAAACACAAAAUUACAGAAAUGAGACAAAAAACACAAGUUCAACAAAAAGGAACACAAAACAGCAAAAACAUGAGACAAACGAUAGAAGUCAGAAAAAGACAAAAACAAACAACAAAAACAGGACAGAAUAUUACAAAAAUGAGGCACAAAAUGACAAAAGAG